AUGAGUGAUUCUUUCUCUGAGAAAAAUCCAGAAAUACUGGUGAACAGUGAACAACAGGAGCAACAGGAGCAACCACAGAACAAUGCUGCUGCAGCAGAGGAGCGUGCCUGUGCUCUCAAUCUGGAUGAUAAGUGUUCGGAGGACAAUGCACCUGCAGAAAAUGAGUCGCAAGGAAAGAUGCAGUCUGUUUUCCAACAGGUACGUAACCAGAUCAGAUCACAAGUGGGUGUGCGACUCCCAAAGAGCAGCAUACUGGAGCUAGUGCAAAAAGUCAAAGAAAUGGAGCUCACACAGGUGAGCGUCGAAGUUGAUGGUGAGGAGGUGAGUGGUGAAGAGGGAAAACAAGUGUUGAAACAUGAGCGCAAAAAUGAGAUGUGUCUGAUGGAGGAGGAGGAAAUGUGUGCAACGUUUGAGGAAAAGCUCGAGGCCAGAACAAAGGCCUUAAAGGAUGAGUUUCAAGUUCAGAUUUCAGGGGUGCGCACUGAACUGCAGGCCUACACUGACCAGGCUCUGAAAGACUUGGAGUCUAAGAUGCAAAGCUGGCAGGCCAACAGUCAGCAACAGGCGCAGUCCAAAGAACAGGAGAGCAAAAGUCCAGACAAGAAGCAGAAACCUUCACCAGCUCCUUCUAUGGGGUCCAGAAGAGGAAGGGUCCUGACUCGGACCAUGACCACCAUCAUUCCUAAAACCUGUCCUCCUGUCGUGAUUGGCCCUCGUGCCAAAUCAGAGACACUGAGCUCCUUUAAGUGUGAGUGCUCUCGAUUUCCUCCUAAAGACCCAGUUCUUUCUUUAUUAGGAAACAGAGCCUGCCAGAGCCACAAACCUCUUCCCCCAGCUCGGCCCCAAACGCAUCAGCGUAAAAGGUCCAUCCAGGCAAAGGCUAAACCGGGAAAAUGA